AUGGUAACCAAAUUAUAUAAUUCAUAUGCAAUUGGUGUUGUGGUAGCAAUUUUCAGUUUCAUUGCCGGUAUGGAAAUGCAAUCAUUCUUGAUUGUUAAAAACUCACAAUUAUUUGCAGCAAUUUAUGAUCAACCAUCAAAGAUUGAAAAUAAUGUUUUGACUUCAAGCAAUUCCUUUGGAGCAAUAUUUGGAAGUAUUAUAUGUGGAGCUAUUUGUGAAAAGUUUGGAUAUUUGAAAGUAUUUCAUUGUAUAUCAGCAACCUGGUUAAUUGGUAAUAUAAUAACAUUUUUCCUGAAUAAUGCUUGGGUCCUAAUAGGAGGAAGAAUUGUAAAAGGUAUUGCUAUUGGGUUUACCUUCACCAGUAUUCCAAUUUAUGGAUAUGAAACAAUUCCUCAUAACAAACGAGGAGCAGUUUUAUCACUAACUUUGUUUUCUUGUACACUUGGAAAUUUCACAAUCUUUAUCCUUUAUAUCAUCCUAGAUUAUUUUGAAGCUCCUCCGAUUUGGAUGAGGAUAUUUUGGAGUUUUGAAGUCAUACCAGGAUUGGUAGCAAUGAUACUCACAUUUUAUAUUCCAGAAUCACCUAAAUGGUUGGCUACCAAUUGUGAAUGGACAACGGCUGCAAAUGUUUUACAAAGUAUACAAUUAAAUAAUUCUUCACAAGAAGAAAAGAAAAUGAAAGAUGAGAGGUUGAAAUUAGGUGAUAAGCAUUUCGUGAUUAAAGAAUAUUCGUCAGGAAUAUGCAUCAAGAGUUGUCCUUUGAAUCGACUAUUUGGAAAGAAAUAUAUCAAAGAAAUGGUAACGGGUAUAUUGGUUCAGGUUUUCUUGGUAUUAACAAUCAUUACUAAAUUAUCCCAGUCAUUUGAAAGCUUAUGCAAUUCAUGUCUCCUUUUCCAUAAAAAUGAUAUCAAAAUGGCAAAUUUCUUUCUACUUUCAAUGAGAGUAUUAUUUUCUGCAAUUCCAAUUUUGAUAUCUGAUGCAAUAAGAAGAAAAGAUGCGAUAUUCUUUUCCAUAUUUAUCAUAACUUGUAUUAUGAUCACCUACAUUGUGAUGUUUGUUUUCUUUUCAAAUGAAAUAAUUCCAUCACCUACAGAUCUUGAUUGGAUGGUACCUACCGUUUUCUACGACCAAAGAGCAUCUCUUAUGAUUGGAAUAACGGUGGUUGCAGAUGUUUUAUAUCAAGCUAUUUUACUUCCUAUAAGCUGGUUAUUAAUUGUGGAAACAUUUUCAAGUUCUUCAAGAAUACAAGGAUGGGUAGUUUCAACAAGCUUAUUUUGGUUUUUGGAAACUGUAACGUCAGUGGCAUUUCCAUUUUUGUUACAACUAUUACGUCAAUGGUUAUUUCUUAUAAUUGUUGUCAUAUGUGUUACUGGGGCAAUAUUUGCAGCCAAAUUGACAGAAACAAAAGGUAGAUUUGGAUUAGAUUCAGAUUAUAUUUUGUUAGAAUCAAAGCCAGUACUUGAAAUCCCAGAAGAUAUGAAAGAAGACAGUAUUCAAAAACUUAAACAAAUUAAUAAAGAAUCUCCUCAAACAUCAGUGCUGACUGCCACUGAUGCUCCGUUAGAAAAACUUGAUAAAAAGUACGAAAGCAUAAACCGAAUACCAAAGGUACAAGCAUUUCAUAAUCUACAACCACAUACAAUUCGAAAAGGAGGUGCCCUUGAUUGGGAAACAGCUCCAGAUCCAACCCGAAAUUCCAAAAGAAGUUCCAAUGAAUUUAAUUCUAUUCUGAGGAGUAACAAUUUAUUGUAA